AGGCGGAGAGAGACUCAGUCUGCCCUUCGCCUCAGAGCAGAGGCAGUUCGGGUCCCCGCAGCAUUCAACGUAGUCGAAGAGGUACAGCACAGAGACUGUCACCGCCAUUACUGCUCACUUACGGUCAUUUCGAGACGGAAACUUUUCACACAAAAACCAAACAGGUCAACGAAAGCGGCAACUAUUUGAAGUAUUUUGGAAAUCCUAAGAGACGGAGAGAAACUUUUUUAAAACAUUUUUCUGGCGUCGUCUGUGAGGAGUUUCGCCAAACAAAAAAAAUCCAAGGCAACAAAAAAAAAAUAUUUAUAUAAUACAGGGUGGAGACGGUUGCAGGAGAGAAAAAACAGGUUAUUUUUUUUUGCGCCAACAAGUCCACCACGGAAAAGGUAUCUGCUGCGCUCAGUUGCAUGGCUUGUUGGUGCCUGCGUUAUCUCAUUUGACACCUCCAUACCUCCGCUAUAGUUAUAAUAAAUAGAUGUGAUAACUUCAGUGUUGGACCGUCUUCUGCCUACACUUUAUUCGACAGUGACUUGAGAUUCCUGCGAAGCAAUUGGGCUUCAACUCCCGACCGAGGAGGCGGAGUCUUAACUUAUUAAAAGGAACUUGCCGAGGCUUGGACGCCCGCAAAUAUGAUGAUGAUGUCUCUGAACAGCAAGCAGCCUUUCGCUAUGGCCCAUGCCAGCUUGCCCGAACCCAAGUACUCGUUGCACUCCUCGUCCUCCAGUUCCAAUGUACCCUCGUCCUCCUGCUCGUCCUCCCGACACAGCAACACCAUCAUCAGCAGCAGCGGCGGCAGCAGCUCGGAGGCGAUGCGCAGAGCCUGUCUCCCAACCCCACCGAGCAAUAUAUUCGGAGGCUUGGAUGAGAGUUUGUUGGCCCGGGCUGAAGCUCUAGCGGCGGUGGAUAUAGUCUCGCAGACCAAGAGCCACCACCACCCUCCACAUCACAGUCCCUUCAAGCCGGACGCAACCUACCACACCAUGAACACUCUCCCCUGCACCUCGUCUUCCUCCUCCUCCUCCUCGGUGCCUAUUUCUCAUCCGUCCGCCUUGGCUGGCCACCACCAUCACCACCACCAUCACCACCACCACCAGCCUCACCAGGCGCUGGAAGGGGACCUGCUGGACCACAUCACCCCGGGACUGGCACUAGGAGCCAUGGCAGGGCCGGAUGGCUCGGUGGUUUCCACGCCUGCGCACCCUGCCCACAUGGCGGGCAUGAACCACAUGCACCAGGCAGCCAUCAACAUGGCUCAUGCCCACGGGCUACCACCGCACAUGGGCAUGAGCGACGUGGACGCCGAUCCAAGGGACUUGGAAGCCUUCGCAGAGCGGUUUAAGCAGAGACGGAUCAAACUCGGGGUUACCCAGGCGGAUGUAGGGUCAGCUUUAGCCAGCCUCAAGAUUCCUGGGGUGGGCUCCCUCAGCCAGAGCACCAUCUGCCGAUUCGAGUCCCUCACGCUCUCUCACAACAACAUGAUCGCUCUGAAGCCCAUCCUGCAAGCGUGGCUAGAAGAAGCCGAGAAAUCACACAGGGAGAAACUUAAUAAACCCGAGUUGUUCAACGGCGCGGAGAAAAAGAGGAAGCGCACGUCGAUAGCCGCGCCGGAGAAGAGAUCACUGGAGGCCUAUUUUGCCAUUCAGCCGCGUCCCUCCUCGGAGAAAAUCGCAGCGAUCGCAGAGAAGCUGGACCUGAAAAAGAACGUGGUGCGGGUCUGGUUUUGCAACCAGCGACAGAAACAGAAACGAAUGAAAUACUCUGCAUGCGUCUAAGAAUCGCUUUACACACAAAAGACUUGGAAGUGUUUAGAGACGAUUUGUAUCAUAUUUCCUAUCUCACACCCCUUUUUUCAAUCAUCGAUGACUUUGUGCUUUGAACUUCGAAAAAUUCCGAAAAAUUGAACAAUGACUGAAAGACUCGAAAAGCCCACAGUCACGUCUUUUACUCGCUGAGAGGGAGACGUGGAGUCAAGUAAAGCAUCGUUUGACAGAGCAAGUAAGACCACUGUUUCCACACUUACUAUGCUUCACCUUUUUAAUGUCAACGCAUAUGACUUACAGGACUCUAUGCUUUCAUUUUUAUUUAUUUCUAAUGAGGACUCUAGUUUGCAUUAGCAGAAACAAUGAAAAUAGCGUUUUUAUUGACACACAGUGAGUGGGGCUAGUUUAACUCGAAGCACUUGGUUGGUGACUAUUGGUGUUUAUAUUUUUGGCUUAUAGGAUAAGCUACAUUUUUAUUCCCCUCCGAGUUCAUGACGAUGCAGUCUGGCAUUUAUUCAGGGUCCAUGAGGGGAUUAAGAGAAUAACACACUACUUGGUCUUGAAAGCUAAUAUUAGAUUACUGCCAAAUAAUCCUGUGUAAAUUAAUAAUUUACUUGUCACACACUUCAUUUUGUGUCUAAAUGUGUAAUUAAUUCCACUUAUUUUGUUACGUAUGUGUGUGAUCAAAAGUAAGGGAUCUAUUUUAAAGAUACCCGGGUUUGGAUGUUUAUUAUUAGGCCUCAGUACGUGGAAAUAUCCAAAUCACUUGUAAGGAUUUCACACAAUUUCGCAAAUUAAAAAAAUAUGAUUUCUCGCCGGCUGCAAUAAGUUUACAACCCAGCGUGGGCCGGUAUCUUAUGAACUAUUUAUUGAGUGAGGUCAUGUUUACUUCAUUAUAUAUUUAUUGGGAUUCCCCCCUCCUCGUUUUGCUUGAGAAAAUCAAAUUCUGACAGCAAGUAAAGCGUGUUGUUCUGGUUUUAAAGGGAAACGACUGUGAAAUAUACAGUCACAAAAAAUUUUAGUUUACGAUUUCUAACAUUUGAGAUGGUACAAUCGAGAUAUAUAUGAGAUAGUAUUCUCCUUUUAAAAUUAUUUUAUGUAUGUUUUCUGCUAUUUAUUUGUAUAAAUAUACGCGCAUCAUUAUGAAGUCGUUGCUUGUUAAGAAUCACCUUGUUUAAGUAAUGUUUUUUCUUGAAGACAAAAAGAAACAGCUUCAUGGGAAGUAUACGUGUACAAUGUAAAUAUUUCAUUGGAACCAGUCGAUGCACAUAAAUAUAUCCGUACAGGUUUUUGCUGUAUUGCUGUUUUAGCUGAGGUAACUUAUUUCUGUAAUGUAUGUUGCUUUUUGGUUCCUGGUUAAAUUAUUCUAUUAAUUUAUUACAUCCAUGUAAUUUUAAUUUAUUUAAUUAUUGAACUGCAAUAUGUGUUUCAUUAAAGAACAAACUUUAACAUUUAA